CGAAAAACGGUGAAUUUGGGGAAAUUGCGUAUAAAUAAACUAGGGCAUAUCUAUCAUUCUUGCGCCUAGCCCUAUAGCCCAGUUUUGCUCCCAUGGAAUUGUUUCCAUUUCCUUACUAGUAAUUAUUUCUGUAGUUUUUCUAAUUUUUACCAAAAUUAACCAAUAAAUUUUAUCCAUCUAGGGUUAGGAGGUGUGGAUCCGGCGCACAAAUUGAACCGAUCACAGAUUAGGGUUUCGCACCUGUGUUCUUCAUUGCCGCCACUGCAUAUACAUACAGCGAUACAUACUAGUUUUGUCUUUACAUAUGUUUCCGGUUUGAGGAGUUUUGCUUCGAAUCGAGAUAUAAAAGGAAGUCACUUAGGCAAUUGGGCGUAUUUUUUUGGUGUCAAUUGUCGCAAAUUUACGAUUGAAUGUGGUGCCUGGAACUGUGAUCGGGGGAGUAUUGUUCAUUUGCUGUUCGUAUUUUUUAUCGUACAUUGUGGAAAAAACAAAAAAGUUAUUGAAGGGAUUUUGAAGAAUGGAUAAGAAGAAGGUUGUAGCUCCAUUGGUCUGCCAUGGCCAUUCACGACCUGUUGUUGAUUUGUUCUACAGUCCAGUAACGCCUGAUGGAUUCUUUCUUGUUAGUGCAAGCAAGGACUCUACACCAAUGUUGAGAAAUGGAGAAACAGGAGACUGGAUUGGGACCUUUCAAGGGCAUAAAGGUGCAGUAUGGAGUUGUUGCCUGGAUAAACAAGCCAUGCGCGCUGCCUCUGCAUCUGCUGAUUUUUCAGCGAAAUUAUGGGAUGCAUUAACUGGUGAUGAACUGCAUUCGUUUGAGCAUAAACACAUUGCCCGUGCUUGUGCUUUCUCAGAGGAUACCCACUUACUUUUAACUGGGGGAAUGGAAAAAGUUCUCCGCAUAUUUGAUCUAAAUAGGCCCGAUGCUUCUCCUAGGGAGAUUGAAAAGUCUCCAGGUUCUGUCAGGACUCUUUCUUGGCUUCAUAGCGACCAAACUAUCUUAGGUUCCUGUACUGAUAUGGGUGGCGUGAGGUUAUGGGAUGUGAGAACUGGCACAAUUGUUCGGACUCUCGACACCAAGGCUUCUGUAACCAGUGCUGAAGUGAGUCAAGAUGGCCGCUAUAUAACAACUGCUGAUGGAACAAGUGUAAAGUUUUGGGAUGCAAAUCACUUUGGAUUGGUAAAGAGUUAUGAAAUGCCUUGCAUCGUAGAAUCAGCUUCAAUGGAGCCAAAGUAUGGCAACAAGUUCAUUGCUGGUGGAGAAGACAUGUGGGUUCACAUGUUUGAUUUCCACACAGGCGUUGAAAUUGGGUGCAACAAAGGGCACCAUGGUCCAGUGCACUGUGUGCGUUUCUCACCGGGUGGCGAAUCUUACGCCUCUGGAUCUGAAGAUGGAACUAUUAGGAUAUGGCAGACUGCUCCCCUGAACAACUCCGAGGAGGAAACAUCUGGUGCUGCCGCUACACACAGGCCAAGUUUCAAAGACGUGGAUCAAGUCACUCACCAAAUCGAAAACGUCCAGAUUGCUGACCACGACACAAAUGAUGUGAACUAUAAGCCAAGUAGUACCCAGAAGGAAUCGGAGGCUGACUAGGUUGAGAUUACAUGUUUUCCUUGUGUGUGUGUUGUAGUUUUUGGCCUGACCCGCAGCAAAGGGGCGUAAAAAGUUCGAUGCUUGAUCUUUUGCAAUAAACAAAGCUUUUUUAUCCUUUUUGUCUUGAGAGUAAAUUGUGAUUGAAUUCUCAUUUUACUCUCUUUGAAUCAUCUGCUUACUAUACAAGUCCACUUUUUGUCUUCA